AUGCCAACUGAGCUGGAAGAGCUUGUCGAUUUUCUUCAUCAUGGCAACACUCAAAUCAGGCAAAUCGCUUGUGAAAACCUUGUCGGCUUCUCGACUGCUCAACCUAGCUUAUUCAAACGCCACCAACUUUUACCAGUGCGAGAUUUGAAAUUAUUGGUUCGAGAUUAUACACCUAUCGCAAAACAUGCCUUGACAAUUCUCAUCAAUCUCUCUGCUGACGAAGAGGUACUUGCAAACCUUGCAGGAGAUGAUGCCUUUCUAGAAACACUUUUGACUAAAGUGACAAAUGCCAAAGAGCCGAACGCAGACGACGUUGCGAUGCUAUUCGCUAAUUUGGCAAAGUCGGAUGAGCUGAAGAAACUUCUAACCUUGAAACGGAGGAUUCCAGAGCCCACGUCUACAUCCCCAAAUGCCAUUGACCAGUUGAUGGAUUGCUUUGUGAAAGGUGCCGAUGGCAGUCUCAAUAAAAACGCCAAUUAUGACUAUCUAUCUUAUCUCUUCGCUGACUUUUCAAAGUCUGAUGAGGGGCGAGCUUAUUUUACCUCGAGACAGGAUUAUGACGGUGUCGUGCCUGUGACAAAGCUGACCGUUUUCACGGAGCAUAAAAGCACAAUUCGGAGAAAAGGGGUUGCAUCAACUAUUAAAAAUGUCGCAUUUGACCUUCCGUUUCAUCCUAAGCUCCUUUCCGAGGAUGAAGCGAAUAUUAUCCCUUAUAUUCUGUUGCCCAUCACGGGCCCAGAGGAGUUUACAGAGGAGGAAUCCAUGGAUAUGCUACCAGACCUUCAGCUCCUGCCACCUGAUAAAAAACGGGAUAGUGACAACAGCAUUAUCAUCACGCAUAUCGAAACACUGCUAUUAUUGACCACAACACGGGAAGGGCGAGAGUUUAUGAGGGCGAUACAAGUGUAUCCGAUAAUUCGCGAGUGUCAUCUCCAUGUUGAUGAUGAUGAUGUUCGUGAAGCUUGUGAUAGACUGGUCCAGGUUUUGAUGCGAGAUGAGGAGGGCGAAAAAGAAAUUAAUAAGGCAAACAUUGAAGGAAGUCUCCAGGGAGACCAAGGGUCACAGCAAAAGCAGGAUGAAGACAACAAGGUUGUAGAGUUGUUUUGA